GAAGACAGAAUUUUAUUACAUACACCACAGAAUUAAAUACUUGGUUAAGUAUGGCUGGGUUUAUCAGAUGUCCAGACUGAUUAGCAUCAGAUCAAAUUCUUCUGAUGAAGCCUGUAGAACUUUUAAGCUACACAAGUUGGAAAAGCAAAUAUUUUUAAUUUUUAUUUUCUUUACAAAUCAAUUUAAUAGAAAUGUCUUACAAAUAGGAAUAAUUAAUGCACCAAAUUUAAGAAACUAAACACUCAAGGUCAGAAAACAGUUCAAAUUGAACACUCAACUCUACCCCCUUAGGUGUAUGCCUCUAAAUAUGAUCUGUUAUCUCUCCGUGUGUCAUGCUUUGCUUGCCAUGUCUUACCUAGCUUGUAAAUGCCGAAGGGCAAGAACACUGUCUAAUUCUUCUAUGUGCUAGGUAGAUCUGUAAAACUAUUAUGUGGUAGUGUUGUGUAAUGCAGAUUGUGGAUCUAAUGCUAUCCUGAUAAGAAGACAAACCAAGUGGUACUCUCACAGGGACAGGUCAAUCCCAAGGAGAGGGUGUGGAGCUCAGGAAACUCCAAGGUUAAUCCUGUAGAAUUCCUUUAGUCUCCCCUUUAGGGGAAGGAUUAAAGGACCCAUGAAGGAGGCAGGGGUGAGCCUUCUAUGGAAAAGAACUCCCAGUCCUGCAGAAGGACCCACACAGGUGCACAAUAGCACAUACAGACCAGGCCCAACAAAACGUAAUGCUACUUCAAGCAACAUUCAUGCCAGAUCAGGUUUUCAAGAGAAAAUCCUCAUGUUCAGGAGGGUAUAAAACUGUGACAAAUGACUUCCUCCCUCUCCCAAAUAAAGAGUUCCAGGAAGAAAGAACAGUGCUGUAUGGUGUGCCCUUUCCACACAUGCCAGCUGGAAUUUUCUGGCUCCCAAUCACCUCUGCUUAUGAGUGUGGCUGUGCCAUAGUGAAAUGAUUCAAGGCCUGGAGAACAUGUCGUAUAAUGUGAGGCUAAAAAAUCUCAAUCUAUUUAGGUUUCAGAGUAGCAGCCGUGUUAGUCUGUAUUCUCAAAAAGAAAAGGAGUACUUGUGGCACCUUAGAGACUAACAAAUUUAUUUGAGCAUAAGCGUUCGUGAGCUACUUCUGAUGAAGUGAGCUGUAGCUCACGAAAGCUUAUGCUCAAAUAAAUUUGUUAGUCUCUAAGGUGCCACAAGUCCUCCUUUUCUUUUUGCGAAUACAGACUAACGUUGAUGUAACAUUUUUUCACAGGAAGUCUGUCUGUAACAGAUCCAGGAAUGGAACUCGUAUUACCUGAACCUAAUUUAUUGCCAUAGUCAUAAGACCAUCCUUCCCCCAUAAUCAUAAAUUGAGAACCAGGUGUAGGGUAAACACUCAAGGCAAUAAAAUGCGCAAGUAUCUGAAUGAUAGUCUUCUUUUCUGGGCCCUUCCAUCAUCAUUUAGCCAGGACACAGGAUUUAACACCCUUACUCUUGCAAAUAGUGCCAUGGGCUACUGAAUGACCAUAAGAGGUCAAACUGUGGUAUAAUACUUCUCAGCUGAAAGCACAGUGGCCCGUCACCCUGACAAGGGAUGUUUCUUCAUUACUGGCUAGGUGGGGAAAGUCCUCCUCCUAAAAUGAUCAACAAUAUUUCCUACAGCAUGCACGUUUUCCGUGUACUUUCCCAUGCAAGAAUUGACCAGGCCCUGAUUAGCUUAUGAAAAUGGGCAGGGUCCUAUCCCAAGGUAACAGGGUUGCAAAUAAGCAAAAUGCUAUUUCUGUAACUUCCAUGUUUAAACAGGUUAGGCUGGAAUUCCCUAUAUUGUUCUACAGUACAACUGGAUCUGUUGUAACAAACCGCUUGCACCUGCCCCACAUUGGUAUGGAAACUGAGCGCGUUACUGAUUCCAUUAAUAUGCUUAUUUUCAGAGUUUGCAAAUUUUCUGAAUGUAUCCAACAUUAUGUGGCAUGCGGGCCCUUUGGGAAUCAAGGGAACAUUGAAAUUGGCCCUGUAGGGCAACUACCCUGCUUUUGCAAUGUAUCAGGACGCUAGUGGGCGUCUAGGAAACCAGCUGUUGCUCUUAGGGAGCCUCUGAAGAUUGGAUGUGCUCUCUCUCUCCAGGCCAGCUGGUGGGUCCCUCAGAGUAGAAUUCCUGCUGAGUGGGUGUGAGUUCCUCCCUCUCUAGUGCGGCUGAGAAAAAGCAGCUGGACUUCUGACUGACAGCAGGCAGUUCUCGUUAGCUUGUUAAUGAACUCAGGAAGGUAGACAAACUACUGCUAUUCUCUCAGAGAAAGCAGAGGCUCUUGACAGACAGCUGGGACCUUUCUGAUUUAGCUUAUUUAUUCCUCUAGUGGCUUAUCUUAAAGGGUACUAGCCAUGUAAACAUGACAUAGCUCUGUAGUUGAAGAAAUGAGGGGCUUCUGUUUUUUAUCUGUGGAAGAAGUUAAAAUCGUAACCCCAGGAAGAGGAAAAUGUUUCUUUCAAUCAAGUUUAGUGUCACUUAUGCCAAUGCUGCCUGGGCCACAGGAAUCUCUAUCUACAAAUGUCUUUUAAGCAGAUACUAGUUGUACUAAUGGCUGCUAUGCUUCUACAUGUGAAAUACUUAAUAAGCCUUUAAUGUAUACAGCUACACUAAUGAAUUUUGGGUGUUUGCAUUUUAUUGUGCGUAUAUGAGUUUCUCCACUCUUUACCACUUGAUUUAACCCUGUGAUGAAUAACCUGGCUACAUCAAGUAAUAUUGUGCACUUUGUUCAUCUGGGAAUAGCUGUGAUGAGAGAUUCUUCAUGUUUUACAUCUCUUCAGCAAUUUGUAUGAAAAUUGUACGCACUCUUUUCCACUGUGAUGAGUUGCGGUAGGUUUACAAAUAUUUUGAAACAUUCUAAAGCUGUGGCUACACUGCCACUUUCAGCGCUAAAACUUUAGUCAUUCAGGGGUGUGAAAAAACACCCCCCCGAGCAACAAAAUUUUUAGUGCUGAAAAGCGCCAGUAUAGACAGCGCUUUAUCACUGGGAGCUGCAAUAAUUUUCAGCAACUUUCUAGUGAGGCAAAGGUAAUCAAGCUGUGGAAGGUUUUAGCCUUAACCUAUCACCUUCUGUAUGGGUUACAAUAGUUGUAGUAAAAACAAUAAGGAAUCCUUGUGGCACCUUAGAGACUAACAAAUUUAUUUGGGCAUAAGCUUUCAUGGGCUAUAACCCACUUCAUCAGAUGCAUGGAGUGGAAAAUACAGUAGGCAGGUAUAAAAAUACAGCACAUGAAAAGAUGAGAGUUGCCUUACCAAGUGAGGGGUCAGUGCUAAUGAGGCCAAUUCAAUCAGGGUGGAUGGGGUGUAGUGUAGUUGUAGUGUAUUUAACAGAGGCCGUGGAAGAUUCAUCAGACCAAAAGGGUUUUUCUGCCCAUUCAUAGAAUCAUAGAAUCAUAGAAUAUCAGGGUUGGAAGGGACCUCAGGAGGUCAUCUAGUCCAACCCCCUGCUCAAAACAGGACCAAUCCCCAAUCAAAUCAUCCCAGCCAGGGCUUUGUCAAGCCUGACCUUAAAAACUUCCAAGGAAGGAGAUUCUACCACCUCCCUAGGUAACGCAUUCCAGUGUUUCACCACCCUCCUAGUGAAAAAGUUUUUCCUAAUAUCCAACCUAAACCUCAUUCACAGGAGUGUUAGUCCUCACUGGUGCUAUAAGUUACAUUCUUUCAUGAUUCAAUUAGUCUGUUAAGAAAAACAGCCCUUUAGUGCAGGAAACUACAUCUAAGGUGAAAUAAUGGGAUCUGAUGAGUCACAUACCUUUGAAAAUAAAAGUUUUAAUACAGUUAGGCUACUGCCAGAGAGGAAUCUCUUCAUUUCAGGAUUUUUGUUGGUUUGUUUUUCCCCUUAUGUUCAUAAGUCAGUUGUACUGGGGAGAUGGAAAAGGAAAUCUGAAUGCUGGGCCAAAGCUGUAGUUUGGUGAGGUACGUGUCUGUUUUUAAUGUUCUAUGCUGAAGAAAAAAGAACGAUGCUAUGAAAAUUUUCAGCUGCUGGGCCUGUGGAUAGGGGCAGAGGUGUGAUAACGUCCUAAUAUAGUAGCCAGAGCUGCUACUGGCCCUCUGGUUUCCACUCUGCUGAAUCAGCCAUGCUCCAGAGGCAAUGUAUCCUGGCCAAGAAGGAAAAAUGCAGCCUCCAGAAGAGCUGACUCUGCAGAGGAGGGGACCAGCAAAUUACUGACAAGACAGCAACACCAUUUAGAGACAUUGAAAACUUCGUUUUUUGGGGGGCAAGGGAGAGAGCUGAUGAUGAAGGAAGAGAAGGAAAUGGGGGAAGAAAGGAAAGAAGAGAAAGAAGUGGGGGAAGAAAGGAAAGAAGAGAAAGAAGUGGGGGGCAGGGAGAAAAGAGAAGAAAAGAAAACAGAGUUCCCUCACAUCUCCAUCAUCCUUCUCCUUCCUACAUCCCCACUGGCACUUCCUUUAUGAACCUCCCUAUUUUUCUAAGCCCUCUCUGCAUCCAUUCUCCUGGACUUAGCCAUGAGACAGGGAGGGACAUGAUUCCCCAUAACUUUCUCCAGCCUGAUGCAAUCUUGACAGACCGCAGUGUUUCUAUUAGAAGAGGUUUGAAAUGUCCAGGAGGCUGUUGGAAGAGGCAGACUGCCUCUUUGGUACACUGCACUACUACCCUGAGCAAAAAUGACUUCAGGCAGGCUGGGAGCGAGGUCACAUCUCUGAAGCACCCAGCACACUGGUGCUAUUUGAAUAGUAAUUACUCCCGUGUUCCAGCAGGAAGCCUUGUUCUUCCAGCAGGUCUCUCACACUCCUGCAUCGCUGAUGGCUGGGUCGAUGGUUCUAAAAAUGCAGUAUGGCCUUAGGCAAUCUCUGGCCUGCCUUUAAGCCCGGAGUGGCAGAGCCGUGUUACUAAAAGAGCAAGACUCUAAGCCGCUUCCCGCCUUCUGCAGGGUCAGAAGGGGUGAGUGAUUGGGUAGGUGCAUGGCUGUACCACACCCAGUGAAGGAUCCUGCCGUUUUAAGGAGGAUCCCCCACAUUUAAAAAAAACCCUUCUUCACUCUAUUUGCUCCCCAGCUCGCUGGGGAUAGAGGGCAGGGGUGUCUACUGAAAUUGAAAGCCCCCCCCCCCGCCAAAAAGCGAGGUUUAAAGAGGUUUCCACCUGCACCUGGGGUUCCCCUCCCCACUGGCUUGGAGAGGAGUGUGCCACUGAGUGCACCCUGGGCCCCUCUCCUUCAGCGGUGGGGCCAGGCUGGGUGCAGCGCAGGACCAGCCUGCUUCCGAAAGGGGACGGCCCAGAGCAGGUGCCCGGCUGUCACCUCUCGGGGCCAGUGGUAUCUUCCUCCGGGCCGUCCUCCCCGCUUCCGUCCGAGCGCUGGCCAGCCCUCGGUCCGACCCUCCGCUUCGCCCAGCCGUGCCCAGGGGCGGGGGGUGGAUCAGCCCGGCGGCUCUCGCAGGGCAGCGCUGGGAUGCGUCCAGCGCCCGCCUCGCCAGCCCCGCUCCUGCCGCUCAGCCCCGCUCGCGGCCCCCGACCCGCCGCCACUUUGCAAACUCCGCGCUGCCGCCGGCGGAGGCAGCUGGUGCUACUUAAAGCGCAUCAGCCCCGGGGCUCAGAGGGACUCGGGCGGCGCGUGUGGCGGCGGCGGCGGCGGCCAGGCAGAGGGAGGCGAGGGCUGCGCCGGGCGAUCAGCCGGGCAGCAGGCACAGCCCCUCGCCUCCCGUGUCCUGCUCUCUGAAGGGCUGCUGCGCGCCCCUGCUGCUGCUGCUGCUGGCGGCGGCUUCCCGGAGGCGCGGAGAUCCGCAGGCGAGAGGCUGAGCCCGCUCCCGCUGGCGGGGCUCACGGAGGAGGCGGACGCAGAGCGGCAGCUCCUGCUGCGGACACCGCGCCGGCUGCAGCCCCGGCCGGCUCAGUCCCCUCGGUCCGGACCAGGCGGAGGAAGCCGAGCACAAGCAAUGGCGGCCCGGAGCCGGAGCCGCUGCGCGCCGCUUUGGCGCUCUCCUGGGCAUCCCUAGCUCCAGGCAGCCGGCUACCAGCGGAGGAGUGGCCCUGCCGGGGGGUGAUUUAUUCCCCCCCACCCCGUCUCAAGUUCUCAGCGCAGCAGCCCGGCCAGCGCCUCCCGCCCCUUCCCAAAGCCGCCGAGGGGUGGGGAGGUCGGUGGCCGGCCAGGCCAUGGAGAGCCCGGCGGAGAACCCCAGCAAGGCGGCGGGGUACCUGAAGGAGCUGAACAAGAUCAUCGAGACGCAGCAGGAGCUGCUGGAGAAGCAGAAGCGGAGGAUCGACGAGCUGGAGCAGCAAGUGGCCAAGUUGUACCACGAAAACGCCUGCCUGCAGGACGAGCAUCACAGACACCUGGCCACAUGCAGGCUGCAACAGGGCAUCCUCCCUGCGUACCCGGCGGGGCCAGGGCCGUCGAUCCUGGGGGCCAUCCAGGAAAACGCACAGCACGAAAAGUCUGAAGGUGAAAGCUCAAGAAGCGUCAGGACCUCGUUGGAAACAAGAAGCAGCAUCUCAACUGAUCCACUAAGUGUUGAAGGCGAAGCUCCAAGUAGUGAAACUGGCACAUCUUUGGAUAGCCCAUCUACUUACCAUCAAGGACCUAUAACCCAUAGUUCGGCUAUAAGCCCAGACCAUUACGACCAUUCUGCUUAUGGGCUGUAUUCUGUCUCACCUGGGCAGCAAAGAUCUCGGAGGCCUAAGCUUCAGCACUCAACAUCAAUACUGAGAAAACAAGCAGAGGAAGAAGCUAUUAAAAGGUCAAGAUCACUUUCUGAGAGCUAUGAACUCUCCUCAGACCUACAAGAUAAGCAGGUGGAAAUGCUAGAACGGAAAUAUGGGGGCCGUCUCAUAACUAGACAUGCUGCUCGUACUAUACAAACAGCUUUUCGCCAGUAUCAGAUGAACAAAAAUUUUGAGCGGCUUAGAAGUUCUAUGUCUGAAAAUCGUAUGUCAAGACGCAUUGUGCUGUCCAAUAUGAGAAUGCAGUUUUCCUUUGAAGGACCUGAGAAAGUCCAUAGCUCCUACUUUGAAGGGAAGCAAGUUUCUCUUACAAAUGAUGGGUCAAAAAUAGGAGCCCUUGUCCAAUCUGAAUGUGGUGACCUCGGGGAAUCGGCCACAAUGAAAUCUCCAGCAGCAUCCACUGAUUUUGCUGAUGCUAUAACAGAACUGGAGGAUGCUUUUUCAAGGCAGGUCAAAUCUCUUGCAGAAUCAAUCGAUGAUGCACUAAAUUGCCGUAGUCUACAUUCUGAUGAAGUCCAAACUCCUGAUCAAGUCAGAAGUCGUGAAAUGGAGAGGGAUAGUUGUAGUCAAAUUAAGCCAGCAAUCCAUAACGUGGAUCACAGGAAACUUGAUGAGAUGACCGCAUCAUAUAGUGAUGUUACAUUAUAUAUUGAUGAGGAAGAGCUAUCUCCACCUCUUCCCCUUUCCCAAUCAGUGGACAGACCGUCUAGCACAGAAUCUGACUUGAGGCUUCGGUCAGUGAACUCUUCUCAAGAGUACUGGUCCAUGACCCACAAGGAUGAUAAGAUAGACACUGAUACAAGCUGCAGGAGCACCCCUUCGCUGGAAUGCCAGGAGCAAAGGAUGAGAAUGGAUCAUCUGCCAUUGCUAACCAUAGAACCACCUAGUGACAGUUCAGUGGACUUAAGUGAUCGCUCAGAAAGAGGCUCAUUAAAGAGACAAAAUGCAUAUGAUCGGGGAAUCACUAGUCAGCAAGGAAGCCCAAAACAUAUCCCACAUGGUAUUCCUACCAAGAUUAUAUCCCGAGAAGAACAGGAGGCUAGACACAAGCCAAGGCCUAUUGAUAGUCACUUAGCAAUUAAUGGCACAGCAAACAGGCAAAGCAAAUCAGAGUCUGAUUAUUCUGAUGGUGACAAUGACAGCAUCAAUAGCACUUCCAAUUCUAACGACACAAUAAAUUGCAGCUCUGAGUCCUCUUCUAGAGACAGCCUAAGGGAACAAACCUUAAGCAAACAAACGUACCAUAAAGAAACUCGGAACAGCUGGGAUUCGCCUGCCUUCAGUAAUGAUGUUAUCCGAAAACGCCAUUAUAGGAUUGGACUGAACCUUUUUAAUAAAAAACCUGAAAAAGGAGUCCAGUACCUAAUUGAGAGAGGUUUUGUGCCGGACACUCCAGUUGGUGUCGCCCAUUUUCUCCUGCAAAGGAAAGGACUCAGCAGACAGAUGAUUGGAGAGUUUUUGGGCAAUCGACAGAAGCAGUUCAACCGAGAUGUAUUGGACUGUGUUGUGGAUGAGAUGGACUUCUCAGCAAUGGAACUGGAUGAAGCACUCAGGAAAUUUCAGGCUCAUAUCCGUGUUCAAGGAGAAGCUCAGAAAGUAGAACGACUCAUUGAAGCUUUUAGCCAGCGAUACUGUAUCUGCAAUCCCGGCGUUGUGAGACAGUUCCGAAAUCCUGAUACCAUCUUCAUCCUAGCUUUCGCAAUCAUAUUGUUAAACACAGACAUGUAUAGCCCAAAUGUGAAACCAGAACGCAAGAUGAAGCUUGAAGAUUUUGUUAAGAAUCUAAGGGGUGUAGAUGAUGGUGAAGAUAUCCCACGAGAGAUGCUGAUUGGAAUAUAUGAGCGGAUCCGCAAACGGGAACUGAAGACAAAUGAAGAUCAUGUAUCCCAGGUCCAAAAGGUCGAAAAACUCAUCGUAGGAAAGAAACCAAUUGGAUCUCUGCAUCAUGGACUUGGUUGUGUUCUCUCUCUACCCCACCGGAGACUUGUUUGCUACUGUAGGUUGUUUGAAGUUCCAGACCCAAAUAAACCUCAGAAGCUUGGUCUGCACCAGCGAGAAAUAUUUUUAUUUAAUGACCUCCUUGUGGUCACCAAGAUCUUUCAAAAGAAGAAGAAUUCGGUCACGUACAGUUUUCGACAGUCCUUUUCCCUCUAUGGAAUGCAAGUUCUUCUUUUUGAGAAUCAGUAUUAUCCAAAUGGCAUAAGGCUUACAUCAGCUGUUCCAGGAGCAGAUAUCAAAGUCCUAAUAAAUUUCAAUGCACCCAAUCCUCAGGAUAGAAAGAAAUUUACGGAUGACUUGAGAGAGUCUAUUGCAGAAGUUCAAGAAAUGGAAAAGCACAGAAUAGAGUCUGAGCUAGAAAAACAGAAAGGUGUGGUACGUCCAAGCAUCUCCCAGUGCUCCAGCCUCAAAAAAGAAUCUGGCAAUGGGACGCUGAACAGAGCCUGCCUGGAUGACAGCUAUGCCACUGGGGAGGGACUGAAAAGGAGUGCACUCAGCAGCUCCCUUAGAGACCUCUCUGAAGCUGGGGUCCAUCAUUAGCAGUCCUCACAUGCGCCGAAGAGCUACAUCAACCCGAGAGUGUCCAUCUCGCCCUCACCAGGCUAUGCCUAACUCUUCCUCACUCCUAGGUUCCUUAUUUGGUAGUAAAAGGGGGAAGCCACCUUCCCAAGGCCAUCCACCAUCUGGCCCAUCGCAGCAGCCUCAGCACCCACCUGUAAUCCCGCAUCAGCAACACUCUCAGCAUCCUUCUGCCAUGCACCAUGCAGGUCCAGCUGAGGGGCAGGGGCAGACGCAGGCACAAGUGCACACUCACCAUUCACAGUACUGUCACAUGCAGCAGAACCCACCCCCUUAUCAUCACCAUCACCACUAUCAUCCUCCACAGCACAUCCAGCACACGCACCAGUACCAUCCACAUGUGCCUCAUUCCCAGCAUGCAGCACAUUCUUCUUACAUGCAGCACCCUCAUUCACAACAUACCCACCCUCCGCACCCUCCAUUGCCCCCCCCUCACCCUGGGCACUCUUCUCAUUCCCAACAUGCUCAGCAUCACCAUGGACAGUCAGCUCCUCCUUCCACUUCAAGCAGCGCUAAGCCCAAACACAGUGGCAUCAGCACAAUAGUCUAGAAGUAUUUGUCCUUCUAAUAAUGGUAGUUUUAGGCACGGUUAUAAAGGCACUUAAAGGAAGCAGCAAAUAAAAUGUGGAUUUUUACCCAGCCAAACAAUUUUUGACUUCUGCAAGCUUAAGGACUUGCUGUUACUAAAUAGAACCAUUUGAAUUAGUGUGAUCAAUAUUGGUUUUACUUAUCUCUUCAGCGGAGGCUUGCCUUCUGGCCAGUCCUUAUCUUCAAUUGCCUUGAAAACAUGCUGCUUGCUGAAUACAAGUUAAGCUUCCUUUUUCACCAAAUCCCAUGACAAUUUUACAUGCAUAAUAAAAACAUAACCUAUUAAAAAAAAAAAAAAGUGAUUCAGAACCAAGUGUUGCAUUCUUGCUCUUUUAUUGUCAAUAGGCAAAAAAAUAAGUAGACCUGAUAUGGUUGAUGAAAGUACGUAAGUAAACUUUAUGUAAUAUAAAUAUAUAUAUAAAUAUAUAUAUACUGUAUAGUUAACAUUUGUGCUUGGAAAGCAAAUUUUUCAGUCCACAAAACUAGCAAUAUAGACUUUACAAGGAAUUACACUUACUUGAUAGAAGGACAGUAACAAUAUAGCAUAUGAAAGAGUAGACCAAAAACUUUAAAUGCUAGGAAUAAAUUUCAGACAUUUCAGUAUUUUAAUUUAAAAGUCCUCUAGACAUAUUAAGACUCUAAGCAAUCAUUACUAAAAUGUGCCAAGUAACAUAGUAUUUAACUGUUGUAGUAAAAUAUUGCUUUGUAUAAAUCCUUAUUUUUAUUAACAUAAUAUCAUAUGUAAUCAGUAUUAUAACUGCUCUGCUAUUUCAGGAAAGCAAACUAGUUAAGAUGCAGUAACUAUACAGUAGCAACAUGGGAUGACCAUUUACCACUGGUUAUCUUAAAGCAUUGGUUACACAAAUUCUUAGACACUUUAAAGGCUGUGAUAACUGUGAAUUUACAUGAUCCGCAUUUCUUUUAUAUGCAUAUGAUUUUAUGAACACACAUGAAGAGUUACAUGAAAGGUGCAUGCAUACACUGCAAAAACAUUCAUCUCAAACAUGAUGAAAAUUACAAACACCCAUCCUUCUCAGUCACUUCAUUUUCCUAUUUACCAUGACUUGCUCAUUUUUUCAGUUAAAAUGACCUAUAAUCUGACAGUGUUUCCAGAUGGAACUGCUCUAAAAUUUUAAGGUGUAUUUUAGUAUCUAGUAUAGUGUGGUUAUUUGGUUUUGGUUUUGGUUUUUUUAGUAGUGUAAUUCCAUAUAGCCAUAUGCUAGCGGCAAAGUGGGUUCACCAUUUUUACUCAUCACAUUUGUUAGUUUACACAGCACUCAGCAGGCUGAGUUUAUGCUCAAACCCUCACUGUCCUACUCCAAUUAGUUGCAAGACAUCCUAUAAAAGCAGGCUGUGCUGUUGUUGUUUGUGUUGUAAUCAAGCCGUUUGCAAAUUCAUAUGAGAUUUUGUAUCCCUGAAUCCUGUACAAAGUCAUACAUGGAGCAUACUUUGUAGUUUCAGCAUUUUGAGCCACUGCAAGGACUUUACACCUAAAUGGUAGAAACAAAGGAACCACAACUGCAAAACUACACCAGCUAAAAUGCAAAACUUGAAGAAGGGAAAAAAAGAAGUUCCCGUGUGAGAUGGGUAAAAAGAAGUCGGAAAAGAACCAGAUCUGUCUAUUUGAACAAUACAAAUAUAUAGUAGCGUUGUAUAAGGAAAGGAUGAACUUUCCGUAUUGAGUUACUCUUGGUAUCUUUAAUUUGGGUUUUCCCCUCCCCCUUUCUCCUACAGUUGAUAUCCUAAUACCAGCAAAACUGCAAACUGAGCACUUUGUUAAUCUUCAUAAAGAGCAAAUAUAGCAAUCUAGAGUUUAGCCUUUUGCUAAAAUCUGUCCAUGUUUGUUUCCCCCGUGUGCAAUAUCUUUGAUCCCUUUUGCUCCCAUAAAUUAAUCUUACAUGAAAUGAGAAUAACACAAAUAUUUUUUAAUAUCAUUCAAGCUAUCCUAAAUUCUGUGUCUUGCCUUACGAGGCUGAUCUGGGCCCUCGGGGGUUCUAUUCCUUGCAGUUUAAAAAAUACUGUUCUUGUAAGGGAAAGUAGAAUUGUCUGCAUGUCCUCUAACAUUAAUAGUGUGAGGCUACUCUCUACAUAUUGUAUAUUUGCAAAAUACAUCAGUGUUACUGUUGAUAUUAGUUGAAGUAAAGGGAUACAUAUUUAAAUGUCUGCUUUUCUUCAUACCUGUGUACCAAUAGUAGAGUCUAACUGUAAUUUAUAGGUUGUUCCAGAAAAGAUAACGAUACCAUUCAGGUACAAAAGUCUUUCUGAAACCGCAUCUUUUAAUGAAAACUGAGGUGAAAAUGCUCCUCUCCAUCGCAUACUAUAUAUUCUGAACUUGUUCUGUAUGCAGAAUUAUUGAUGUCAGUGAAAGUGCUGUGUGCUGAACAAGUGCAAAAUAUGUACUGGAGAUCUGCAUUGUACCAUGGAGAGGAAGAUUUGGCCCCAGAUAUGUUGUUUAGUUAGCAUGCAAUGCCUUAAGUAUUUUAGCACUGAAAUAUUUCACAUUUGUUUGGUUUGGUUUCACAUUACCCCUUAGGUUCAUUUAAGAAAGGUGUAACAACAAAUAGCCUUAGAUUUACACUGUGGGCCAGGUUUUAAUUUUGGCAGGUGCAAUUGAUGACGUGCAAAAGUUGUCACAAAUUUUGUACAUGCAAGAAACCGUUUGCACAUGAUUUUAUGCGCGCGCGCGCAUACACACACAUACUGGGGAGGGCCUACUUAGUAGGCCCACUAAUUCCACAGGGAAAAUCAGAGGCCAUCUUGUGGCUGCUAAAAGUAUUGGGUCCUUUUAAGAGCACAAUAUUUGAAAACUUUCUCAUAGUUUAAAAUCAUUGAGAAGAAACACAGUAUGCUCAUUAUUUCUUUCUUUUUGGAACUAAUUACCUUUAACAAACGUCUUGGUGUCAGUAUAAGUCUUAAGAACCUCACUACUACUACUUUAGGAGAACAGCCUAACAUGUCAGAAUACAUCUGAGAUUAAUAGUUGCACACAACACCACAGAUCACGCCUAGAAUGAGAAGAUGACCGUAUUCUGUUACUGUGUGCAUUGGAGAAAAUGAAAUAGUAGACGUUGAAAGGUUUUAGUCCUAUUUCCUUAUUGAUUAAAAAUUUGCAUAGAUCACUACCGGGGCCCAUGUUUCUGUGUUCCCAUGAAUAAUGAGGCUAAGUAAUAGUGUCGGUUUGAAAGAAUGAAAGGGAAACCUAAAGAAUGCAGAUCACAAAAACCACAGAUCUUUUCUGGGACAACGAUCAAAUAUGUAUUUGGGUUUUUUAAUUUUUUUAAGUUCAUGAAAUGUACAACUAUGUAAAAAAACCAAGUUCAUCCUAAUAUAAUGUACGUCUUGUAUUGCUAAAAAAAAGUCUUCGAACAUACAGUGUAGAAUGAUUUUCCCAUCAUGUACUGCAUGCAGCAGAAGCCUCUUGUUUCUUGAUAAAAUGAGCUGAAAGACAGUCAGCAGAUAUUUAAACAAUGAAUCUCUAGAUGUUGACUUGCUGUUCCAUAUGAAGCUGUGUGUUUUCUGCAGUUAAGCAUGCAUUUUGCUGUUUCCGUUGUAAAAUAUCAUUGCACUUGUUGCCUGCAAAAUGAGUUAGUGUGUAUAUAGUUAAAAGAAAAAUGAAACCAAUAACAAGAUUAAAUUGCGGGGAGGGGGUGGAGGAUGUUGGAAGUGGGACCAAGUAGGGGCAAUAGAUAAUUCUCUAAAUUGUAUAUAGUGUGUAAAUUAGUAUUACUAUAAGUCUGCAGUCACUUUGAGGUUGCAUACAGUACCUAUCUCCUGCUAGGAACUUUAAUCCAGCUUUGAGUUGUAUUAAACUGUUAGAAUUAGGUCUUGAAUGCAGACUGUUAAAGACUUCAGGAAACAUCAUGCUCACAAGAAGCUUCUGUUCUGGGGAGGCUCAAGACCCAUUUUGUAAUUGCAGGGAAGAAAGGAGUGCUUUCAUUUUAAUAUGCAUUCUGUUUGUAAGUAGUAACAGGCCCUAUCGAUGUAAAACUAUAACUGUGAUCAUGUGGAGAAAUCAAAUAAAUCAUUUAAAACUC